UUUCUAAAAUCUAAAAUGUCUGGCGUGAAUGCGUUCAGUUCAGUUUGUGAGUUUCAUUGUACAUUUGAAACUUUUAUUUGCAAAUGUGUGUAGCACACACCUUUGACUCCCACUUUCCCCCAUUAUACGUCUACUAACGUAGUAGACGUUUUCCACAGAAAACAAACAGUUAACAGAUGAGCGCCCCUCUAGUCGCGUCUUUACGGUAGCCAUGCUCUUCCAAUCCCGCAGCACUUGCUCCUUCCUGCGGUCACAUCUUGUUGCCAGAACUUCAGUGACGCGCUGACACUGGAUUUCUUUGUUAUUCAUUCAUGCUCUGCGGCUUUUUUUCGUUUUAUUGCGUUUAUUUUAGCUGAACAUCUCACCGAGACGCAGUCCCAGUGUUGCCGCAUUUUUACAGGCUCGCUCGCAGUCCAUUUGGAGCCGCCUCUGGAUGUUUUGUCGCGGACCGUCAGAGACCGCUGAUCCAUCAGUCGACGUUAAGACAUCUCGGCUUUAAGGAUAAGAUUCUUAUUUAGACACUGUUAUAUAAUCAGCUGACUCCUGGCGCUUUUGCGCGCACGUCUUUCUGGUACGUCUAACCGCUUCUUGUUAUUUAUCUUUUCAUUAUAUUCUGGUGUAGCAAGAAAAUUCCCGUCCGUGUUCAUGCCAGAUCUGCAGCGCUUUAGUUUUCCAUACCAUAGCAUGAAUCCUUUGUUGGGGGCCAACGCGCAUCUCCAACAGCACCCACAGCAGAUCCAAACGCCCGGACACCCAGAUUCUCCCUCAGGCCUCCUGCCCGACGCCGUUUUCGGUGGACCGGACCCGGCGUCUUUUCUGCUAGGUGAGCAGGCUGGCCCAGGGCCUGAUCAGCCGGGGCCUGACUUCACCGCACCCUCUCAGACCUCACCUUACUUCCACCACAACCACAGCAGCCCUUAUCAGCACCGCGCCGUGCCGCAUCCUCCCGCAGCCAUGGCCCUCAGAAACGACUUGGGAUCCAACAUCAGCGUCCUCAAGACUCUCAACCUGAGGUUCAGAUGCUUUUUGGCCAAAGUGCACGAAUUAGAGCGCAGAAAUAAGAUUUUAGAGAAGCAGCUGCAACAGGCGCUGGAUUCCAACAAGGGCUGUCAAGGGGGAUGCUGCGAGAACAGGGCUCAUACACAGGAGGCAGGUGUGCAGACUGGAUUUGUUGGUACGAUACCACUCAGGCCAGGUUCCCUCCCCUUCCAUAACACCAACAACUCAGCCAGGAGGCCUACAACGCUCUUCACACCACCGCUCACGUCAGCCCUCCCACCUGCAGCCGCUGAAAACACCAAUUCAACCCAAACAAACACCAGUAACCCAACCAUCACCAUCAGCCAGUCCUCCCCCUGCGUGGACUCCCCCGGCUCCGGCUCUAAAACUGUCCCCAACACCAGCGCAGGCCCCGGUAGCUCCACUAACCCUCCUCCACGGUUCCUUCCGGGCACCAUCUGGUCCUACAACCACACCCGUAAGUUCGGCCCAGGUGCGGAGCGGCUGACCAGCCCCGGGGUGUCCUGGAUGCACCCAGACGGAGUUGGGGUCCAGAUUGACACCAUCACUCCUGAGAUAAGAGCCCUGUAUAACGUCCUGGCCAAAGUGAAGAGGGAGAGAGACGAGUACAAACGCAGAUGGGAAGAAGAGUACACUAUGAGGAUGGAUUUGCAACAGAAGAUUGCAGACCUACAAGAGGACCUGCAGGAAAGUGAGGGCUGUCAGGAUGAACUGGCUCUCAGAGUUCAGCAGCUGAAGGCAGAGCUGGUUCUCUUCAAAGGUCUAAUGAGCAAUAACUUGUCAGAGUUGGACAGUAAGAUCCAGGAGAAAGCCAUGAAGGUGGACAUGGACAUCUGCCGCAGGAUUGAUAUCACCGCUCGUCUGUGUGACGUAGCUCAGCAGAGGAACUGUGAAGAUGUGAUCCAGAUGUACCAGGUUCCUAACAACCAAUCAUCCUUAAACUGCCGCCGGAAACAAACUCCUCUGACAUUUAAUGGGAAUGAGUGUGAUGAGCCCGUCAGCACCUCUGAAAGUGACGGAGGUGUGGUCAAAGAUGAGGAGCACUGCGGCUCGUCGGCCAAUCAGAUCAAUGAGGAGAUGCAGAGGAUGCUGAACCAACUGCGUGAAUGUGAGUUUGAGGAUGACUGCGACAGUCUGGCCUGGGAGGAGACUGAAGAAACGCUGCUUCUUUGGGAGGACUUCCCAGGAUGCACUCUGCCUCCCGACCCCACCCACCCACCAGGAGAGGAGGACACUCUGGAAAAGGUGAUUAACGACACAGAAUGUCUGUUUAAGUCCCGAGAGAAGGAAUACCAAGAGACAAUUGACCAGAUUGAGCUGGAACUGGCCACAGCGAAGAGUGACAUGAACCGACAUCUGCACGAGUACAUGGAGAUGUGCUCGAUGAAGAGAGGCCUGGAUGUUCAGAUGGAGACCUGCAGGAGACUCAUUACGCAGAGUGGAGACAGUAACUCUGCAGCACCUGCGUCCUCUGACGAGAGCGACCAGAGAGAGAACGACAAGUCUUCAUCGUCUCCUCCGGGGAGCGCUGGGAGAUCUUGACACCUCCUCACCCCAGCAGUAAUGGGUGGCUAUGGUCAUGUGACCUCCGCUGCAUCCAGCUACACAGUACCACACCAACGCAAUACACACCAUGGCAACACCAUGUUUACAUAUGAACCUUUUCACUUCAUUAACCUUUGCGCUGUCCAAGCAAAAAAAAAAAUAUAUAUAUAUAUCAGCUUUGGUCUGAGGAGACUCUGAGCACUUGAAACUGUGAUUGAGUAGCAGAGCUGGAUGAUGCUUGGAAGAUGGUGAAUUUACUGCAAGUCAAUGAGCGGUGAUGUCCCUCUGGUGCAGUGAGGCUGUGCAGUGCUAUAGACUUGCAGAAAAGUGUAGCAUGACUUUUUCACUCCACACUCACCAACAGACACUUGUUAACCUGGGUAUCUUUAUCUUACAAUAAUCUAGCACAUUUCAAUAACCGUGUAUCAGUAACUCUGACAGCUUUCGAGCCAACUCCACAAAAUAUACAGUUAUUUAAAAAAACAACAGGAAGCAGAUUCAUAUCAGUCUAACAGUGCAGUGGUGGUAUUUUGACCUGACAGUGACACAAGAAAAAUCGUCAGAUGUGAGUUUGGUGUUGAUAAUGAUGAGUCUGAUACGAUGUCAUGAUUCAGCAUUUUACUGCCUUAACAGCUGCAGAGAGCUUCAGAGCUUGUUUUGCAUCUGUGUAGUAAAAGAUUAAACCAUGGGCAAAGUGAAGCUAAUGUCAUAAAUAAAUCAUAACAUAUGUGCUUUAUUUAGCUAAACAUAAAGUGGAAGAUAAAACAUUAGCUGUGUGUGAACUGGAGCAGCAUACCGACAUGCCUUGUCCCUCUUGCCACUACUGUUGGGUGUGAUAUUGAAAAGACAGUUUUGAUAUUGAAUAACAUGAUUAUUCAGAGGUUUCAUUCAGGUUGAAUUAUCUGGAUCCAAACAAUUUGACAAAUGGUUGUUGCUGAUGUGCUUUGCAUUUCCUGGCUAACCCAGAGGUAAAUGUUGCAUUUAAUCUUUGGAUAAAUGGCCAAAAUAACUCAUCGUGUCACAAUGUUCCUACUACGCAGCACCCACAGCAUUGGCAGUAAGUUAUAGCAUCUUUGAGGAAAUGAAUUUGCAACACAAUAUGAGCUGAGCCAGAUGAAGCUUUUUUAAGGAAACGUGGACACAAACAAGGUCGUUUACGACAUUUCAUAACACAAAAUACCCGUGAAAUGCACCGAACAUCGCAGAUAAGACUUUUUGAGGUUUGUAAUGUCUUUAAACGGUGCUUCCUGAGAAACCCAAAGUGGCAGUGAAGGAUUUUGUCAGUGGCAGAGGGGAGCAUGUUGUUAGUAAGUUUUAAAUGUAGUUGUAGUCUCUGUCUGGUGCAGUGAAAUAGAGCUGAUCUGGAGUCAGUCCACUGACGCUCAGACAGGAGAAUUACAUGAUAAAGUGCACUGACAAGUGUCAUGUAGGAGCUGUUAAUAACUAGUUUAAUUUUCAGCAGUAAUGCUUAGUUUAGAGUGAAGGCCCUAUCUUGUUUGAGCAGAGCUGCAUGGUGAAUCUCAUUAAGGAUAAUGAAAGAACAAAACGAUGGUGGUAAAACAAUGUAAGUUAGCCGGUGAGUGCCAAAAUUUAAUGAACAUGGUCAUAUUGUGAAUCAAUAGGAAAUUGCUAAGAAAAAAAGAGUGACUGACUGAAUAUAGCUGCCGAAGCUAUUUCACCAAGGUGCUUGAUGUAUAUAACUAAACCUAUUUUUGAGCCUAUAAAUGUUUGCACAUAGAAAGGAAGAGCAAAGCAAAAAUGUACUAUAUGAAACAAUCAGCACUAUUACUUGUAAAACAUGUAACAAAAAAUGUCAACACGCUGGAAAUUGAAAACUAUAUUUCUUCUAUUCAUAUUUCCUCAUCUUUUACAUGUUGCAGGUGGGGUAUUAGAAUAAUAAAUUAACAUGAACACAUACCUCAUUUUUACUUUAUUUAAUGUUUUUCUGGGCACAUUUGAACAUGACGUUUAACUCAGACACACUACUGCAGUAAAACAUAUAUGUGGAUUCUGCUGGAAAUUGUCACAGUUAGGGGAACACCCCUAUCAAUCAUCACUGAUCUAUUAUCAGAUACUGUUGUCUAAAUAUAGUCCUGGCUGUAGUUUCUUAUGUGUGGUUGAACCAGUUGAACCAGUAUAUUUCUUCUGCUUCUACUGCAGCUCACUCUCCAAUACUUUGUUACAGCUAAAAAAAAAAAAAAAACAUGAGGAGGAGGACAGAUCUGAAGCCUAUAUAAACUUGUGCAUGUGUGGUUGGUGGAGUCAGCUGAAUGCUGAUUUCAGUGUUUUACUACAGUUUGAAUACAGGAGGUGGAUGUCAGCGAAAUAUUGUGUGAGACAUAAAAACACACCAUUUCCCUUUGUAUAGUUUUACUUUCACGCACUGAGUGAGUCUCUAUGUAUGCAUGUGCCAGUGUGUAUGUUUUUGGGUGUUAUGUCUGUAUAGUGAGUGUUUUUUAAAAAGACUUUUACUGUGGCAAAUGUACAACAUGAAGAAGUUGGAAACAUACCAAGUCCAAUUUGGUAUUGUCUCUGUGUUUAUCAGUUUAACUUAUGUAAGUGAAAUCUGAGUUUGAGCUGUGUUUUGACAAAAAUCGCCUCAAAAUUGUGAGUAUAUUUGAAUCAAAUGACAAUGGAGUUCUUUUUCCAUAGGUACUCUUUCUUUAUGAGUGUAUGUAGUUGCCAAGUGAAGUCAAUUUAAAAAUAACUCAAGAUAAAAAAAAAUGAACUUCUGAAAUGCAAAUGCUUUAGCAAAAUGACUGUUCGAUGGCUUUGACAUUAUAUGUGUAAAGGAAAUAUAAGCUUUGAAUAUAUACUUGUGUUUAAAGACUGCAAAAGAAGAAUGUUCACAGUCACACACCUGAAAAGAAACUUGCAAACACUUUGAAUUAAGAUACAACAACCUGAUUGUUCUAUUUAGCUUUUCAGUGGGAUUUACAGUGGUUCAAGUGUUUUCUAGUCACGUCUGUCACUUCUUUGAAAGCCUCGCCUCAAAAUAUUUUGACCGUAUUUGACGUCACACAACAAUUCGAUGAUAAUCCUGAGUACUGAUCGAGUACUCCAGAUGUGCGACUUUGCAGCUUUAAACAUCAAGAUGAAGCAACUUUGGCUAAAAAGCUUCACCGCAGAGCUACAGUAUGUAAAAGAGAGACUGAAAGAAUAAAAGAUGCAACUGAGCAACAAGA